AAAUCCCUUGUCGUGUUGUGGGUCUCAUUGUUCUCUUUGGGGUUCUCAUGAGGCAAGCAAAAUCCCAAGUGCAACCCCAUGAAGGCAAAAAGAAAGCUGAUUUUGUGAGGCAGAUUCAUGAGAAGGGAAGACUCAACAUUGAGCGAAGAACAGAGCAAUAUGCAAAACAACCCAACAAGGGGCGUUCUAAGCUGGUCUUUGAACCUGGAGAUUGGGUUUGGUUGCACAUGAGGAAAGAAAGAUUCCUAGCACAAAGGCGUUCCAAAUUGCUUCCAAGAGGAGAUGGUCCUUUCCAAGUCUUAGAGCGCAUCAAUGGUAAUGCUUACAAACUAGAUUUACCAGGUGAGUACAAUGUUAGUGCCACUUUCAAUGUUAUUGAUUUGAGUCCUUUUGAUGCAGUAGACAAUUUGAGGACAAAUCCUUUUCAAGAGGAGGGGAAUGAUGUAAAUCCAGGUUUGACUGUAAAGGAUUCAAUUCAAGUUCCUGUUGGACCAGUCACGAGGGCUCGAGCUAAGAAGUUCAAGGAAGCCCUAAAUGAGUUAAUUCGAGAAAUAUGGACUCAAGCAAAUUCGUGGAAGCCCAUUGAGGGAAGUCCAUGUGAGCCUCAGAAUUACGUAAGCUUAAUCCAAGUUCUAGAAGAAGACUCUGUCAAAGCCAAGCCUAAUCUUUGCAAGUAAUGGUCAUGAACUUUGGGCGUGAACUCAACAAACAUUCUGGCUCAAAUUUAUUAUUUUCCUUUUUGGGUUUUGGCUUGCAUGCCAAGUUUUUCUUUCUGGGGUUGAAUUACACAGCUUGCAUCAAAUCUACUGCAGUUGGCCGCAAACUAAUAUUUCACAAUGUUCUUAGGUUAUUUUAGCUUAGUUUUACGUUUGUUGUGUUAUUUGGGUUAAAGAUUCAUUUAGUUGAAGCCCAAAUUCGUGGUUAUUAGGGUUAGGACCUGGUUUGUUAGUUUUCUAUUCUGGUUAGGAUUAGUUUUAGUUAUUUAUAGGGCUGCAACCCUAAUUGUAAAACAGAUCAUUAUUCAUCAACAUUGUGAGAACGAAUUCUCUCUGGUUCUUUGAAUAACUUUUCGAACUUAUC